AAUUGAUUUUCCCCGCAGCCAAUGCGCGGCUGCCUGGGCGGGGACGCCUUCCGAUUGGCGGAGCUCUCUCCACGGCUGCCUACCGAGAUUUGGGUGAGCUCAUUUUCCAGUCGACCGCAGGGGGAGUUUUCUGCGAGGUUUUAGCUGGGGGUGGGGGGGAUCCUCUCCGAGCCCAGCGAGCUGAGAGCCCUGCCUGGGAUGUGAGGUUUACAGCUGCUCCGAGAGCUACCGAGACUGAGCUAUCUAAGCCAAGAGAGCCAGGCUCAGAAACAUAAAGAGUAAAAUUGCCCCCACUAAAUAGAGUAACUGAAGGCAAGCGCGGAGCGAGAAUAAAAAGACUCAAAAAACAAUUUUAAGUCCAGGGUGUGGUAUUUCAAGAGAGAAAGUUAAAAACCACUGGCUGGUUGGAGACUUCAAGUUGUGGGCAGGGUCAGCUUUUGUCUGAAAUCUCAGCUUCCGAAGUGGAUUUCUUUUCCUCUGGAACUGGGAGUUUUCCCGGGGCCGGGUUCGGAGAUAGACAAACGGAGGGAUGGAGGUCUGGGAGGCCGGCGCCGGGCGUCGCCGCUGAAGGAGCUGGGGGGCGCAGCGUCUCCAGGCCCCAGGAAGGCCGAGGCUGGAGCCCCUCGGCGUCGCCCAGACAAAGGCAGCGCCGGCCGCAGCGCAGCCGAGCUCUGCAGCCUCGCCGCGCCGUGCCCUCGGGCGCACGGCUAACCUUGCGGACUGCGCGACCGAGAAAGAGCCUCGGGUCCGGGGGCUCCCAGGUCCCGGCGGCCCGCGAGGUCUGGCAGCUAGGUGCGGGCGCUGAGUUUCGCUCUCCGGCGGUCAUAAAUAGCUCGGUGUUUGUAAACAAGCGCUGGGGGCACAUUCCCGGCGCUCGGCUCAUUGUUCCCUCCCUUCCUCCCUCACUUCGCGCCGCGGCUAGGGCUGAGGGCUACCAGGGUGAGGAGGCGGGGGCGUCGGGACCCAAAGUGGCAAAAUGCAAGCAUUUCCAUAACUCCAGCCCUACGACCACUUCUGACAGCGGGGGCCGGGGUGGGGGUAGAAAAAAAGAAAAAACCCAAAACCAAAAGAAAAAAGGAAAGAAAACCUCUAAGCUGGGUUUGCAGAACGCCCGGGCGACCGCUACCCCACGUUCUCGGGACUCCUGAGCUGAACCUUUUCCAAUCCAGCACCAGCUCCUCUUCUUGCUCUGGCUUUGACUUUUCUUCUCCGGGAGUCUAGCAGAGAAUCCAGUACUUUUGGCAUCAACCCCCCACCCCGAAAAAUACUGGCAGACCCCAAUAAUUUCGAGGAAAGUCUUGAAGUCUUUCAUGAGCGGAGCACUGAGCGAAUUAACUCCGGCAUCUGCCUGCCCUACGUUUAUUCCCGAUUUAUUUCAAGAGUCCGCUUUGGGAAGAGAGGCUGGAAGGGGACCUAAAGUCGGCGGGUCGGGAGCUGCAGCCUGCAUUUGUGUGCAUGUGCCUUGGGUGUGUGGUGUUAGUGCCUGGGCGUGCGAAUUCAUGGAGCGCCUUUCUGCCUCUCCAGUGCGGCCAGAGCUCGCUUCGCGCACCCACCCCUGCCGAGGAGCCUACUUGCUGCAGCCCAAUGCAUUGUGUAAGACGCGACCUGUUAUGGCCACCACUACUUCCGGGUUCUAGCAUUCUGGUCGGAAUCCACCUCUCCGCCUGUGCAACACACACUUUACACACGCACGGCGACUGCAAGCGGGCAGCAUCGAUCGUGGCUCCUUUAAGACAAACUCAGACAGACAUUUUUUUAACCCUCCUCUCUAAUCUCCCUUCAGUGCAGCAGUUGCAAAGAGGGAGAGAGAAAGAGAAAGAGAGCGAGAGAAGAGAGAAACUGAUUGGGAAUUAGGACUGAUUCAAGGAAAGCGGGCGCUAGGGCUUUGUGCAUUUGAAUAUUAACAUUUGAGGUGUUCUGACCAGAAGAAGACAGAACGGAUGAUCAUUCAUUCACCACGUUGACAACCUCGCCUGUGAUUGACAGCUGGAGUGGCAGAAAGCCAUGAGAUUUGGUAGUUGGUUCUGAGGGGCGCUCUUUUUUUUCUUUUUCUUUUCUUUUCUUUCUUUUUUUUUAACUGAUUUUUUUGGGGGGGAAGAGAAGAUCUGCUUUUUUUUCCCUCCCACUGCUGUCUUGGUGGAACCAGAGCGCUUUUAUGCUCAGCGACGCGGGCGCCUUGCUUCAGGUCCGGUAGACCGAAGAUCUGGGACCAGUAAUUCACACUGCUGGAGACGCAAAGGGAUUUUUUUGUUACUGUUGUGCUUUAUUUUUUUUUCCGAGGGAGUUUGCAUAUUUGUUUCUUUUCACACUGGCCUUAAAGAGGAUAUAUUAGAAGUUGAAGAAGGAAGGGAGGCAGAGAGGCCGAUGGCGCAAAGGUACGACGAUCUACCCCAUUAUGGGGGCAUGGAUGGAGUAGGCAUCCCCUCCACGAUGUAUGGGGACCCGCAUGCAGCCAGGUCUAUGCAGCCGGUCCACCACCUGAACCACGGGCCUCCUCUGCACUCUCAUCAGUACCCGCACACAGCUCAUACCAACGCCAUGGCCCCCAGCAUGGGCUCCUCAGUCAAUGACGCUUUAAAGAGAGAUAAAGAUGCCAUUUAUGGACACCCCCUCUUCCCUCUCUUAGCACUGAUUUUUGAGAAAUGUGAAUUAGCUACUUGUACCCCCCGCGAGCCGGGGGUGGCGGGCGGGGACGUCUGCUCGUCAGAGUCAUUCAAUGAAGAUAUAGCGGUGUUCGCCAAACAGAUUCGUGCAGAAAAACCUCUAUUCUCUUCUAAUCCAGAACUGGAUAACUUGAUGAUCCAAGCCAUACAAGUAUUAAGGUUUCAUCUGUUGGAAUUAGAGAAGGUACACGAAUUAUGUGACAAUUUCUGCCACCGGUAUAUUAGCUGUUUGAAAGGGAAAAUGCCUAUCGAUUUGGUGAUAGAUGAUAGAGAAGGCGGAUCAAAAUCAGACAGUGAAGAUGUAACAAGAGCAGCAAAUCUAACUGACCAGCCCUCUUGGAAUAGAGACCAUGAUGACACGGCAUCCACUCGUUCAGGAGGAACCCCGGGCCCUUCCAGCGGUGGCCACACUUCACACAGUGGGGAUAACAGCAGUGAGCAAGGUGAUGGCUUGGACAACAGUGUAGCUUCCCCCAGCACAGGUGACGAUGAUGACCCUGAUAAGGACAAAAAGCGUCACAAAAAGCGUGGCAUCUUUCCCAAAGUAGCCACCAAUAUCAUGAGGGCGUGGCUGUUCCAGCAUCUAACACACCCUUACCCUUCUGAAGAGCAGAAAAAGCAGUUGGCACAAGAUACGGGACUCACCAUCCUUCAAGUGAACAAUUGGUUUAUUAAUGCGCGGAGAAGAAUAGUGCAGCCCAUGAUAGAUCAGUCCAACCGAGCAGUCAGCCAAGGGACACCUUAUAACCCCGAUGGACAGCCAAUGGGAGGUUUUGUAAUGGACGGUCAGCAGCACAUGGGCAUCAGAGCGCCAGGGCUGCAAAGUAUGCCAGGGGAGUAUGUAGCCCGGGGUGGUCCAAUGGGUGUGAGUAUGGGACAGCCGAGUUAUACCCAAGCCCAGAUGCCCCCCCAUCCUGCUCAGCUGCGUCAUGGGCCCCCCAUGCAUACGUACAUUCCUGGACAUCCUCACCACCCCGCAGUGAUGAUGCAUGGAGGACAGCCCCACCCUGGAAUGCCAAUGUCAGCGUCAAGCCCCUCGGUUCUUAAUACAGGAGACCCGACAAUGAGUGGACAAGUCAUGAACAUUCACGCUCAGUAGCUUAAGGGAAUAUGCAUUGUCUGCAAUGGUGACUGAUCUCGAAUCAUGUCUUUUUCUGCAAUGACUAUGGAGUUCCAUUCUUGACAUCUACUUUGGACCAAGGAGCAUCCCUAAUUCUUCAUAGGGACUCUUAAAAAUGCAGGAAAACCAACCGAAGUCAAUUUGGGGGACAUGCAAAAAUAACUAUAUAAGACAUUAAAAGAACAAAGAGUGAAAUAUUGUAAAUGCUAUUAUACUGUUAUCCAUAUUACGUUGUUUCUUAUAGAUUUUUUAAAAAAAAUGUGAAAUUUUUCCACACUAUGUGUGUUGUUUCCAUAGCUCUUCACUUCCUCCAGAAGCCUCCUUACAUUAAAAAGCCUUACAGUCAUCCUGCAAGGGACAGGAAGGUCUGAUUUGCAGGAUUUUUAGAGCAUUAAAAUAACUAUCAGGCAGAAGAAUCUUUCUUCUCGCCUAGGAUUUCAGCCAUGUGCGCGCUCUCUCUCUCUCUCCUCUCUCUCUCUUCUCCUCUCUCUCCCUCUCUCUAGCCUGGGGCUUGAAUUUGCAUGUCUAAUUCAUUUACUCACCAUAUUUGAAUUGGCCUGAACAGAUGUAAAUCGGGAAGGAUGGGAAAAACUGCAGUCACCCAACAAUGAUUAAUCAGCUGUUGCAGGCAGUGUCUUAAGGAGACUGGUAGAAGGAGCCAUGGAAACCCAAAGGCCGUGUGUUUAGAAGCCUAACUGUCACGUCAAGCGUCAUCGUCCCCAUGCGACAACAACCAUCACCUUAUACAUCACUUCCUGUUUUAUGCAGCUCAAAAAAACAUAGACUGAAGAUUUAUUUUUAAUAUGUUGACUUUGUUUCUCAGCAAAGCAUUGGUCAUGUGUGUAUUUUUCCAUAGUCCCACCUUGGAGCAUUUAUGUAGACAUUGUAAAUAAAUUUUGUGCAAAAAGGA